AUGGCCUCGUUGGCAGGUCUUCUGGCCCAGUCUCGGUCCGCCAGUGGUCCAACUACUACAACCAUGAUGGCCUUUGGGGGUGACGAUAGUGCUGGUCACUUCGGCACAUAUCCUCAUGCCAGGGGUCGUCGUCAGCGUCCUGAUUCAUCUAAUCAAUUUCGCAGCAUGUUGGAUGUUGAGGAAUCAUCAAGCUUCUACUCUCUUGAUAUACCAUCAGAGAAGUCGAUGGAGGAGUGCUUCAACGAACAGAGUGUUGAAAAGGCGCAAAAGCACGUUACGAAUGAUUGGACUGACAUUUUAUGUUUUUACACAGCUACCAAUGGCGCCGCCCCAGCGGCUGCAAGAGCAUCACCUGCACCAAACGGAAAACCUGUCUCCCCACAGCAGGCGGAAAUGCCACAAAGCGUGAGCUCAAGCGAUCCCAAGAUUGCCGCCCAACAAGCCAGUGAUAUGAGAAAUAUUGUUCGACGAAAGUUGACUGGUUAUGUUGGGUUCGCAAAUCUGCCCAAUCAAUGGCACCGAAAGAGUGUGCGCAAAGGCUUUAACUUCAAUGUUAUGGUCGUUGGUGAGUAAUUUAUGCGCAGUAGUUCCCAGCCUGUACUAACAUCCACAGGUGAAUCUGGGCUCGGUAAAUCUACCUUGGUCAACACCCUCUUCAGCACCUCCUUAUACCCACCUCGGGAGCGAAAGGGGCCUUCUCUUGAUAUCAUUCCAAAAACCGUUGCUAUUCAAUCUAUAAGCGCCGAUAUUGAGGAGAAUGGUGUUCGCCUUCGUUUGACAGUUGUUGAUACCCCAGGUUUCGGUGACUUUGUUAACAAUGACGAAUCCUGGCGCCCAAUUGUGGAUAACAUUGAACAGCGCUUUGAUGCCUACCUGGAUGCUGAGAACAAGGUCAACCGUAUGAACAUUGUGGAUAACAGAGUUCACGCAUGUGUCUACUUCAUUCAACCAACUGGUCACGCUCUAAAGCCAUUGGACAUUGAAGUUAUGCGCCGACUUCAUACCAAGGUGAACCUUAUUCCAGUCAUCGCAAAAGCUGACACGAUGACUGAUGAGGAGAUCUUGGCCUUCAAGUCAAGAGUGAGCAAUUUCUUCCUCGCACAUUUUUAUCACGCUAAAUAAUUGAUUAGAUUCUUGCUGAUAUCAAGCACCAUGAUAUCCAAAUAUUUGAAGGUCCUCGAUACGAACUUGAUGACGAAGAGACGAUUGCUGAGAACAACGAGAUUAUGUCUAAAGUUCCAUUCGCCGUUGUUGGUGCCAAUUCCGAGAUUAGCAGUGCCGAUGGACGUAAAGUUCGUGGCCGUGCCUACCCAUGGGGUAUCAUUGAGGUGGACAACGAGGAGCACUGCGACUUUGUAAAGCUUCGUCAAAUGCUCAUCCGAACACACAUGGAGGAGUUGAAGGAGCACACAAGCAACGCUUUGUACGAAAACUACAGAUCCGAAAAGCUCACCGCCAUGGGUGUUGCACAGGAUCCAAGUGUCUUCAAGGAGGUCAACCCAGCUGUCAAGCAAGAGGAGGAGCGAACUCUACACGAGCAGAAGCUCGCCAAGAUGGAGGCCGAGAUGAAGACUGUGUUCCAACAGAAGGUUGCCGAGAAGGAGCACAAGUUGAAGCAGAGCGAGGAGGAGCUAUACAGCCGUCAUCGCGAGAUGAAGGAGCAGCUGGAGAAGCAGCGACAAGAGUUAGAAGAGAAGAAGUCAAGAAUCGAGAGUGGACGACCAAUAGAAAAGGAAGGCAAGAGGAAGGGAUUCUCACUCCGCUAAGGCGCCUUGACCGAUUCGACCGAUAUACCCUCACUACAGCGAUGCGACACAUAGCUCCUUUUUACUUUCACUUCUUGUCUCUUUAAUCAUUGAUCCUUAAUACAGCGUGGCGAUGGAGAGCGGAGGAGCAUUGGGUGGGUUUGACAUUCCAGCUUCUGUGAGGCUGCCCCGCUGAAUGGGUGGAUCUGGGGGAGUUUUGCUUACAUGCAAGGGACGAACCGAAAAAGACACGGGGUAGGCGAGAGAUCGUAAAAAAAUUGACCCGAAUACCUGGCUGUUUUUCCUUUAAAUUUCUUCUCGCGCUUGUGUGGGCCAGCUUUCUUUGGGUCACUCUGUAAUUAUUAUGAUAGCUUUGGGACGUUUCGCGCGUGCACUCACUCUCUCUUUGGCCUCUUUUCUUUUGUCUGUUAGCUACGAAUGAAAAAAGGGUGUGUGUACUUCUCAGCAACAUGACUCCUUGUUCAGGGGUUGUCUUCAUUCUUUGCUCGCUAGGUCUUGAACUAAUUGCACUGGGUAGUUAAUACAUGCUAUUAAAAAAUAACUUCC